AUUUUUAGGUAUUUUUUAUAGUAAUUAUGAGAGGGAUGCCCUUUUUUCUCACUUGAGCACCUGCCUCCCAAAUGUCUGUGCAUGGCCCUGAUGAACCAUUACUGUUUUUAUGUUUUGUGAUGGUUGUUCACGAGUCCCUUGUUUUCCCUGAGCAGUUAAAAUGAGCACUGUUCUUCAGAAAAAUCCUCCAGGUCCUUCACAUUCCUUUUCCAGCAUCUUCUGCAUAUUUGACCCCUUUCCAGCAGUGACUGUAUAAUUUUGAGAUCCAUCUCUUCACACUGAAGACAGCUGAGGGACUCAAACACAACUAUUUCACAAUUCUUGGUUUUUAUUCCACAACAGUUUUGCACAUUAAACACAGCACUUUACAUGAAAAAAAAAAAAAUCUUUAUUAUUUAUUCACCAUUGAAAAGGCCUACCACUGAAAUACAUUAGGACAGAAAUACAGACAGAUGAACGUCUGUUCCAAGCUAAUUACUGGGCUUUGAGCGCCCCCGUGUGGCGAAAACAAUAUAGCAUUUUAGCGCUUUAUUUACGGUUGCCAAGCAACAAGAUUCUUAGAGAAGAGGAAAGUGUUAGCCAUUGCUGGAAGUGAUUCGGUGAUCAUACCAGCAAACAUUAGCAACUUUAAAAAGAACUGAUAACACUUUAGUAAAUAUGGCAAAACCUAAAGAAAAAGACCCUGUGGACAUAGUUCACCAGAAUGCUAUUCAUGUCGAGACAAUAAUGAAGGAGCUGAGACACCAGAAGCUUUACACGGAGUUUAACAUCAACCCCUUCAAGAAACUGCACAUUCUGACUGACAAGCCCAUGUCCAACAUCAGCUACAGAAAAGAAGAGGAAGACCCUGCUUUCCUCCAGGCCAUACAUGCGGCCCGUCUGGAGCCAACAAAGAAGUACUCUCACCCUCAGACUGAAGCACAAGAGAUAGGGUGGAUGUCCAGUCCUCUACUUGUCUCAGACCGCAGUGACAGAAGAUUAAACUUUCCACGGCAGAACUCUGAAAUCACUAAAUACAUGGAAGCUGCCUGGCGGUUGAAGGAGCAGACACAGAAUUUGGGAUGACUGUUUGGGAUAUAUUUUCCUGAUGCCAUAUAGCACUAAUGCAGAUAAACAAGCCUGGAUGGUAUCUGUGAGCACUGCAAAGUGGGCAUUUUUUGUUAUCACAAAUAAACACCAUAAAUGUGCAAGUACAAAUGUGUUCUUACCAUCUAGCAAGGCAGGUCAUUCGAUUUUAAGACACAGCCGGGGUGUUUAGAAUUUCAGUCGUGUAUCUGGAGAUAUGUAAAAGUGGGUCAAAUGGCCACCAUUCAUCACAUGAAUGUAACUGCUCCUGUCUAGCAGAAUCUCUGCAAAGUAAGCAAAAGAGAUUAGUUCAUAACUAAUCGAUCUUAGAUAAUGUCAUAUUAUACAGAAACAGGAUUCACAGCUUGUUGUGCAAAUGUGCUUUUUUUCACAAGAAAAAUCAAUAACUCUGACCAUAAUCCACUGGCUGUUUAUUGGAGCAUAUUACACUUAAUGUAUCGGCCACUCAGGUCAAGAUUUAUUACAUUACUUCCCCCAAAAGAAAUUCUGCCUUUAUAUGAAGAUACAGUAAUAUUUUUGCUGCUUCUUUCUUACAGAGAUGUACUGAAUUGAUUUACUUCCUCGCAUUUUUGGUAAAAAUUAGGACUUAAUAUGAUGUAGAAGGAUGUAUCCCUGGAUAACCAAAAUGUACAAUAAAAACAAGCUUUUGGAGCUUUUCAAUAAAAAUAAAUUUAUGGAUUAUUAAAAAAA